GCCCACCCGCCGCCGUUCGAACCCCAGCGAUGGCGGCCAAGGAGGCGGCGGCGGUGCCGUUACCCGAGGAAUGGCAGCAAUACUUCAUCCUCACCCGCGCCAGCACCUUCCGCAGCUGGCCCUUCACCGAGGGCUGCGCCUGCACCCCCGAGCAGAUGGCGGCGGCGGGGUUCCUGCACUGCCCCAGCGAGAACAGCCCCGACGUGGCGCAGUGCUUCUUCUGCCUCAAGGAGCUGGAGGGCUGGGAGCCCGACGACGACCCCCUGAAGGAACACAAAAAGCACUCUGCGGGCUGCGCUUUGCUCUCUCUUCGGAAAGACCCCACUAACCUGACACUGCAGGAAUUCCUGAAGCUGGACAGGGAACGGGUGAAAAUUGCGCUGAAAAGAGAAGUGUCUCAGAAGGUGACCUGCGUUGAAGACGUAGCCAAGCGCGUGCGGCGUGAAAUAGAGAAUCUGGGCUCCUGAGGCUGCUGUAGCUUCUCUCGCUGCCGGUGACGUCUCUCUUGUACCUCUGCUCCGGCGCUGCCGCUUUCCACAACGGCGUUUCGGGGCUUCUCCUAUUCCUCCUGUCAUUGUAAUUAAAGAUUAGUACUUGUGGUUUUA